AUCUUCACUCGGCGUAAAGGCUGUUUUACCUUGUGAGGCAGUGUAAGCUGCUUGAACAAGUAAAGCCUCCAUGAUGCAGCCAGCUCCAUUGAAGAAAGUCAAGGCUUGAAAGGCAACUCCACGAAUUCGGCCCGGCACAAACUUGUACGAAAUGAAGGAACCUUUCAAGAAGCAUGAAAAGAAAGAGGUCUCCAGAGGAUACGGGCCAAAAUGACUAAACUUAAUGAAAUAGUAGACAUGGACGUGAUGACGGCCUACACUUUCCAUGCAGUCAUUCUCAUCGUAAAAAUGAUGCUGAUGAGCCCUCUAACAGGAUACUUAAGAAUGAAGAACAAGGCAUUCGCCAACCCUGAAGAUGCGGCAACAUUUGUUAAAGGAGAGGCUGCAAAAAAGUAUCUCAGGACUGAUCCAGAUGUGGAGCGCGUGCGAAGACUCCAUCGCAACGACCUUGAGAACAUCAUUCCGUUCCUCUUCAUUGCAUUCUUCUAUUCUUUCACGGGCAUUUCUGAAACCACAGCCUUGAUUCACUUCAGAAUUUUUACUGCGGCUCGACUCCUCCACACCAUUGCCUACCUGGUGCCCCUUCCGCAGCCCUGCAGGGGUCUGGGUUUUGGGGUCGGUCUCCUUGUGACCUUUUCCAUGAUAUUCCAGCUUCUGUGGAAUGGCCUGAACCUGUUAUAAAAAGGAAGCCUGCCCACGUUACCACCAUAAUUGCCAUUCUAUGGUGGUUUUCAUAUUUUUGCCUUUGGGGCAUAUUUUUCACACCUUCUGCCUCGGGACACCCCCACCCCCGUCACCACAACCUGCCUGCUACAGAACUCCCAAAUGCAUGGCAGAGCAUCCCAGGGCAUAUUCUAGGGCAGGGUUGCAGAACUUGUACCACAACUCCCAUCAUCCCAUUAGGAGCUGGGACCGAGCAACGGGAGCUCACCUCGUCGCGGGGAUUCGAACUGCCAGCCUUCUGAUCGGCAAGCCCUGGGCUCUGUGGUUUAACCCACAGCGCCACCCCCAUCCUAGAGGUUAUAAAUUGGUAAAAAGAAUUUGACCAUUAAGCUGCCCAUUUUGAGAGGUUGUUACUCCAGUCAUCAUUCCUUGAACACCAGUCAGCAUUUUGGGCAAUGCUGUCAACAUAAUAUAAGCUGCAAGGUUGCUGCAUUUUAUAGGGUGGUUUUGUUGUUGUUACAGUAUAUGGUAGCUGAUUCUGGGUAUUGUGAACAACUUUUUAUAUGCCUGCAGAUAAUCUUUCUCCUCCUUUCUCUUUCACACACUGCCUCAACCUCAGAAUGAUUGGAAUGACUUGUACAACACUCUAUUGACGGCAUGUAGGUAUGGUAAUUUUCUACAGAUGCUAUUUUGGGAUGUAUCUUUUUGAAGCGUGAAUAAUAAAGACAGUAGCAAAAA